AUAGAGUUGCCACCCAGGCAUCAGCCAGGACCUUUCAGGCCAGACAGGAGCGCCUGACCAAAGGCUUCACAGCUGCCCUCACCGCCCUGCCUUCGACGGUGUCCAGAGACAGUUAGCCAGGCCUGGGCUGGGCACGCUCCACCUUCCCUAGUCACCAGCCGGUUUCCCAGAGGAGAAGGCUGAGACCUGAGAAAGGAGCCAGCCUGUCCCAUGCCUGCCUGGGGAGCCCUGUUCCUGCUCUGGGCCACAGCAGAGGCCACCAAGGACUGCCCCAGCCCAUGCACCUGCCGCGCCCUGGAAACCAUGGGGCUGUGGGUGGACUGCAGGGGCCACGGACUCACGGCCCUGCCUGCCCUGCCGGCCCGCACCCGCCACCUCCUGCUGGCCAACAACAGCCUUCAGUCCGUGCCCCCGGGAGCCUUCGACCACCUGCCCCAGCUGCAGACCCUCGAUGUGACGCAGAACCCGUGGCACUGUGACUGCAGCCUCACCUAUCUGCGCCUCUGGCUGGAGGACCGCACGCCCGAGGCCCUGCUGCAGGUCCGCUGCGCCAGCCCCAGCCUCGCUGCCCAUGGCCCGCUGGGCCGGCUGACAGGCUACCAGCUGGGCAGCUGUGGUUGGCAGCUGCAGGCGUCCUGGGUGCGCCCGGGGGUCUUGUGGGACGUGGCCCUGGUGGCCGUGGCUGCGCUGGGCCUGGCUCUUCUGGCUGGCCUGCUGUGUGCCACCACAGAGGCCCUGGAUUGAGCCGGACCCCCAGAAACCCUGGGUCCAGGCCAGGGGGCCAGUCCCUCAGGCAGGUCCCCAGACUCCACCAAGCCUGGUCAGCCCAAACCACCAGAAGCCCAAAAUAAACUGGCAGCUCGGCUAUUUUAUAUAA